GAACCAUAAUUUAUAAGUCCAUCGUAAGUAUACGAAUGAUUAUUUCCAACAAUUUAAGACAAUUUACAAGGAAUUUGACACCACUCGAUACUCCUCUGGAUAGAUCCACUGUCUCUGACUGUCAUGUUAUUUGUUGUAGCCUGUGACUGUCAUCUAUGGUACAUACCUGUGUCGAUCAUCAGGUAACAGUGUGAAGGUGUUACAUUCACGAGGAAGUACACAAUGCAGACACUUAUGACGAAUGUACCUAUUAUUUCCACACGUUAUUAACAAGGAUGUCGUAGGUGAAUGGAUCAAACUUGGCCAGGGAGGAAAGUGCUGAAGGGAAAGGAAACUGUCUGUUGAGCUGAUCAAAAUAUCCUUAAAUCAUGAGUGUCUUAGCAGAAUGUCCACCAUUAUUAAGCCUGCCAAAAACUGAAACGGCUCAUGAAACACCGAAUGUCAUACUCAACACACGUGAUCGAUAUUUUGGAGCGGAAGUCACAAUUUCCUGUCCAGGCGAUUAUCACGUAGUUGGAAAAAACGCUGCAAAAUGCUUAGAGUCUGGAAGCUGGGAUCUCGAUAGACUACCGCACUGUUCUGAUAUAACUUAUGGAGUACCUGAUUCAACAAAGCUCUACAUCGCUGUCUUUGCGAGCUGUGGUGUCCUUGUCAUACUCUCCUUUGCCAUCCUCAUCGCAAGAAUUCUCUGUGUUUUUCGACGGCCACUUGCACAAAGCUCUAGAGAUGAUCUAGGUAAGAGCACGGAAUCUGUGGCCUCCAUUAGAUAUUUCCCACAAGACGCACAGUAUCAGGAAACCGUGAUAGAUAUGCCUCAGAAGGACGGACGGUUCGAGAGUUUCUGUAAUCCAGGCUAUGUGAGCAACGAGGCGUAUCCACAGACACGCUGGCAUACUGAGCAUGCGCAUAAUGGCUGGAGAGGCAGACAGUCAAGUUAUGAUAGUUCAUUCGAAAAUGAAUCAUCAUUAGGUUAUAUAGUAGACGAACCGGAUGAUACGCAGCGGGCAUGGAAUUCCACCGGAAGCACAGAUGUUUAUGAAAACGACAGAUACAACAGACUAUCUCGUCAGUCCCGAAUACAAGAAGUUAUUGAAGAUGAUAGGACGCCAUUUUAAUUGUCUGCUGUAAUUCAACACUGACAAAAUCUGGCACUGUUUGACGUUUUUGCAAAAUCUGCUUCCAUUGGAUACAUGUAUAGAUUCUGUGCCCGGGUGGACAUGGACUCUUAGUAGCAAAGCUUCUUUUUGAUAGUGCCCUUUACAAAAAAACAUUUUAAUAUUUUUUAUGAAAAAUUGAUGUAUGACAAUUAAAAUAGUCUUGUUACAGAUUUUUCUGUGACAAGAUAAAAUAUGUCAGAAAGGACACUAACUCUGUGCUGCAUUAUUUAUUGUAUUUCAUAUU